CCCCCCCCCCCCCCCUUCUCACCAACCCACUCGACGGAGUCUCCAACGCCUUCUCACUCAGAUCUCCCACGAUGCAGAGCUCCGCCAUCUUCUCCCUCUCUCCCUCCCUCCCUCUCCUGAAAUCACGUCGUCCCUCCCUUCGCCAUCCCGUAACCGCCUCCUCCACCUCCUCUUCAAAUCUCAACGUCUCUCCUCCAAAUGUCGUCUCUGUUCCUCCUCUACCCCGUCGAUCCUGGCGUCUCGCCUCUUCCGAUUCGCCUCUUCGUGCCUGGUCGGGCGUCCCUUCCAUCUCCCCUUCCCUCGACACUAACCGUUUCAAAACUGCUGCUACAGCGGUCCCCGAGAACGCUGAGGAAGGAGAAGGCAGUGGGAAGCUGACUAAGAUCCUGGAGCUUGGCUUGUUGUUUGCGCUUUGGUACCUUUUCAAUAUCUACUUCAACAUCUACAACAAACAGGUUUUGAAAGCUCUUCACGCCCCAAUGACUGUCACAUUAGUUCAGUUUGCCGUCGGUAGUGUGCUCAUUACCUUCAUGUGGGCUCUUAACCUUUACAAGAGGCCCAAGAUCACCGGUGCUCAGCUAGCUGCCAUCUUGCCACUUGCUGUUGUGCACACACUUGGUAAUCUCUUCACUAACAUGAGCCUUGGGAAAGUCUCUGUUUCCUUUACUCACACCAUUAAAGCCAUGGAGCCUUUCUUCUCUGUUGUCUUGUCUGCUAUGUUUCUCGGAGAGGUGCCUACUCCAUGGAUAAUUGGUUCCAUUAUUCCCAUCGUUGGUGGAGUUGCACUUGCUUCAGUGACAGAGGUCUCAUUCAACUGGGCUGGUUUCUUGAGCGCAAUGGCUUCAAACUUGACUAACCAAUCCCGUAAUGUGCUUAGCAAAAAAGUCAUGGUCAAGAAAGAUGAUUCUUUGGACAACAUCACCCUCUUCUCUAUAAUAACGUUGAUGUCGCUCUUCCUGAUGGCUCCUGUGACUUUCUUCUCCGAAGGAAUCAAGUUCACUCCGUCAUACAUCCAAUCAGCUGGUGUGAAUGUUCAACAAAUCUACACAAAGUCUCUUAUUGCUGCACUCUGCUUCCACGCUUACCAGCAGGUGUCGUACAUGAUAUUGGCGAGAGUAUCACCGGUUACACAUUCUGUAGGAAACUGUGUGAAGCGUGUGGUGGUCAUUGUGAGCUCUGUCAUCUUCUUCAAGACACCGGUUUCGCCUGUCAAUGCCUUUGGAACCGGGAUUGCCCUAGCGGGAGUGUUCUUAUACUCCAGAGUGAAGCGUAUCAAGCCAAAGCCUAAGACUGCUUAAGCAAACUAUCUGCUACUGCUUUUAUAUGUAAUACAUUUUUCUUGAGCUGAAGUUUUCCUUCGCAAAGAUGGUUUUAUUCUUCUAAGGAUUCUUGAUACGUUUCUUCUCUUUAAUUAUUACUAGGUAAUAACCCGCGCCUUGCGCGGAAUGAGAUUAUUACUUUUGUUAUUUUUAUGAUAAAAUGAUAUUAUGUCUCUUUAGCAUGAAUAUUAGUUUAAUUUUAGGUUAUUUUUUUAAUCUCCUAAAAUAUAACUAUCAUUCUAAAUCUAUAUUUAUUUUGGUUUGUUUGGUGUAAGUGUUUGAUGUUUUUGAUUUUUUCGAUGAUAACCAAAAACUAUUGUUGUUUGUUUGGUUUCGUUUUAUAUAAAUUUUAGAUAUUUUUUAUGUCGAACUAAUAGUUUCCUAUUAUAAUUUCUAAAGGCAUUUAAAAUAAAAUAAAAUCUAAAUAA